AAGAACCAACGGCAGUGUGCAGCUGCACUUGGCAGAAAGUGGCGCCGCGGCAGGACUUGAAUUAGUAGCAUUUGAAAGACGUAAAAAUGUCAGAAGAUAUCAAGAAGCGACUUGAAUUUCCUAACACGCUCAUUCAGACACAGGGAGUGGGUCAUCUAAUUGCUGCAGUACUACGAGAAAAAGUUUCAUCAGCCAAGAUCAAUCAGUCUACUAACCAGACUCCUGCAUUAAACUUGCUUUGGGAGAAAUGCUGCAGUGAGAAUGUGACUGUGACUGUGUGGACGGCAUGCUGUGAGAGCCUUGUGGCACUUGUGGCACAGGAACAUGCAGAGUUCAGUUAUGUCCUUAAUGAAGCUCUCAAUCGGAUUCCCUCUGCCAGGAAUGUGCAUGGUUUGGUAAAAACAAUUGGGAAAUUGCUACAGAUGCAAGCCCUUACCGUGGGAAAAAACGGAGAUGAGGCUGUUCGAAAUUUGUAUGCAAUCAGGAACCCUCCUCAUCCACUAAUCAGUGUACUUGAAAACAGACCUGUUUGCUGGCCAGUUGUCCUGCAGCAGAUAACAGUAUUCUUCCAACAGUUCCAAGAGAGCUGCAGGGCACAGAGUUCAUGUGUCUGCAUAAUGGCACCAUUUCUAAGAUACCUGUAUUGUGAACCAGCCCAGUUGCGGGAACAUGCUGAACUACGAAUGGGUCUACUUAAAAUCUUACUUCAGCCGCGAAGUCCAGAGAACAAAGAGGCACCUUCUGCGCUAGAACAGCAUAUUCUUCAGUUACUCUGUGACUUGAUUCCAUAUUUUCAGAUAAAAGACUUGCCACAAAUUACGGAAGUAUUGUUGUUUCUAGAAGACUUAUUCCAGAGUCUACUGCGCUACCCUGUAUUUUGGAAACUCCAGUUGUCCCAGCUUUGUCUGCAGGUUUUAUGCUUCUGUGAGGUGUGUCUGGACAUAACAGGGGAGUGUUCAUCUUUGAUUGGCCUACUAGAACAGAAUGUUGAGCUUUUGCAAGAGGAUUUUCCUGUUGAACAGACCAUAAUUGGAUUAGGAUUGCUUUUGCUACGGACUCCAGCAAGUCAGCAAAAACCCAUUUUAAAUCUAGCCUGCAAGCUCCUUUCCUAUUCAGAAACACAGAAAAUUCCAACCACAUCCCUUGUCUUGGUGAUGCCUGCACUGCAGAUCUUAUCUUCUACAGUAGUUGAGGACUGCAUAUCACAGGAAGAUGCUGGCUCCACUAGGCAACAGUUGGCUAUAAAUCUUUUGGAAAUGGUACAGCAGAAAAGCAUGAAAGAUGGAAAGCAAUUGUCAUCCUGCAAGCUUGUCUUCCCUAUUAGCAGUAUUUACAGUUCAUUGUAUAUAACCUGGAAGAUCUUGGAGCUUAUGAAAGAGAGGUCUACAGUGUCUGAUUGGCUGUCUUCCAUUAAAUCACUGCUACCUAGUACUACUCAAGUCCCCACUCAUGCUUUUCUUCUACUGGCUUAUCUCUUGGUUCAAGAAAAUGGAGACAGUCUUCGUGCAGUACUGAGUGCCACUACAGAAAUAGCCAAAGCAGAUUACUCUCAGGUCCCAAAUCUAAUCCCAGUUUUGAUGUUUAAACUGGGAAGGCCACUGGAGCCUGUGCUGUAUCGUGAUAUUUUGUAUGCUUUACCUACUCUGGGUGUGCAUAAGAUGUGUGUAGCUCAAAUUCUACGUGUAAUACAGGUUCUGGGGAACACACCAAACCUUAGAGCCAUUUCUUUACGCCUGAUGACAUCUUUAUGGGAGAGACAGGAUCGGGUUUACCCAGAACUGCAGCGGUUUAUGGCAAUGUCUGACAUGCCCUCAUUGUCUGUUGGCAAGGAUGCUCAGUGGGAAAAGCUAAUUGCUAAAGCUGCUUCCAUCCGAGAUAUAUGUAGACAGAGGCCCUACCAGCAUGGAGCAGAUAUGUUGGCUGUGAUUUCCCAGGUACUGAAUGAAUGCACAAAGCCUGAUCAAGCUACACCUGCUGCCUUAGUAUUACAAGGUCUUCAUGCACUUUGCCAGGCUGAGGUCGUUUGUAUUCGUUCUACAUGGAAUGCGCUUUCGCCAAAGCUGAGUUGUGACAGGCGUCCGCUCAUUUUAAAAACACUGAACGAACUGUUUGCCCUGGUUCCCUCAUUAACGGUGAACACAAAUGACUAUGAGAAAUUUAAAGUUCAAGUUGUCAGCUUCCUUUGGAGUCAUACUCAGAACAAGGAUCCUGUUGUAGCAAUUUCAGCAUAUAAAUCUCUGUCUGAAUUUGGUUCUGAGGAACACACCAUCCUUCAUCUUCCUGAACAGGCAAGACCAGAAGUUGAUCAGCCAGAAGAGAUGGAUGUGACUGAAGAGGAUGAAGAAAAGGAGGUGGACCUUUCUGUCCCUGGCUCUGCUUAUAUCAAACUUUUGUCCCUAACACCUUCUGUGAUUUUACCAGCAUUUGAAGAGUUUGCAACAUCACUUGUGAAACAAGAAAUGGCCAACAUGCCCCGUGGUGUGUAUCAUUCUGCACUGAGGAGAGGGGCCACACGCUCAGAUCAAGGGAAGACUGUAGCAGGAGUUCCAAACUUCUUGUUGAAAAUGUAUGAGAGGAACAAGCAACCAGGUCUGAAGCCUGGCCUGGCAGCUGGCAUGUUGUUAUGUUACGAUCUUCCAGUCCAUAUGGGCAAAGAUGGCAAACCUAUUAAUCGAUUUUUGGUCAGUAGGGGGCGCAAUUUCCAGCAAAUGUUAAUAGCUCUCAUUCAUGAGGUUAACAUACAGCCUUCUGAAUGGCACCGCUCUCUCCUGCUCCCUCAGUCCUGGCUUGGAUUUAUGAGCAGAACAUACCAUGCAGUUUUACAGGGGAGACAGGCAGAGCUGGAGAUGCAGUUAAAACAUGGAAAAGAGGAUCCUGAAGAGGUGCAGUACAAACAAUUUACAGCCUGGCUCUGGGUCAGAGACAUGCUGACUGAUGUUGUCAAGGGUGCUUCAAAGGAGAGCCCCGUGGUGAAAGGAAACUCUCUCUUAGCUUUAACUGGCCUUGUAGUUGCUGUAGCAAAAUAUGAAAGUAGCCUGUCCUCAGACAUUGAGGGGGGACCAGAGACUCAGCCUGAUUUUCUUCCCACACAGCACUGGAUUUCCAUGAUGGUAGAGACACUCCUUAGUAUUGUGAACAGUCGCUAUCGUCCUCAAGGUCAAGUCUUCCCAUGGUUCUACCAGAAAUCAUAUUCAGGGGAAAACACAGCCAGUGCGAUUGCUCGCUCCUGCGCAGCCAUUGCUUUGUCUCUCUUGGUGCCAGUUUUCAUUGUAUCCUUCAAGGAGAAGGUUGAAGAAGUCCUGAGCAUGCUGACUGCCAGGUUACCUGGGAAACCAAAUGCUGAUGAGUCUCAAGCUGUUCAAAUCCACAUGGGCCUUGCUUUGGGGAUGUUUAUCUCACGUUUGUGUGAAGAAAAAGUCAGUGAUGUAUCUGGCCAACAGAUGAAUCUACUUCUAAUGAAGUCCCUGGAUACACUGGAAGCUUGCUGCUUUGAUACCAGUCUAGAGUACAACACUGGAUGCAUCUUGGGAGUAGGACUUGUUCUUUCACUUAUGAGUCACACCAACCAAACAGAGUCACGAGUUCACAUCUCUUCCUCACUACAAAAACUCUGUAACUACCUGGAUGAAAGUGAGGAUCAAAGCAGAAUGUUCCAGGAGAUCCUUGCCUAUUCCAUUGCCUGUUCCUGCAUCUCUGCUUUCAGUGUUAGAAUCAUAGAAGCAGAGGAAGCUGACAAGGUUAUGAACAAGUUGCAGACUUUAACAGAAAAUAAUCAGCAGACUUCUGGUUAUGCCUUGGCACUGGGUACCAUAGUUCAUGGUUUGUCAGUCUUUGGACAUGGAAAAGCAGAAGACCUGAGCAACAGACUAUUACAUGCUUGGAUAAAGAUUGUACUUGCAGAGGAGUCUCCCACAAUGCAGCGCCUGGCUGCUGUGAAUGGGUUGGUUGCAUUGGUGGGUUCUGAAGGAGCCACGAUACAGUUGAAAUUGGACACUAUUCAGUCUUCCCAGUUUCAAAAUAAACUUAAUGAAGUCAUCAGAACCUUGAUUCAGAUAGUCAGUGUUUCUGGACAGAUUGCCCUGCAGACAAAUGCAGCCUGGCUUUUAGGGCACCUUCAUCUGUCCAGUUUGUCCUCAGACCAGAGCAGGGCAUCUGUUCCUCCAGACUUCAGCUACUUGCCUGAAAACAGCUUUAUUAGGGCAGCUAUUGAUUAUGUCAUUGAAGGAGGAAAGAAAGGCCCUGAAAGCAUUCCCCCUACCUUGGUGAAGGUAGCCCUGGCACCCAUUGCUUUAGUUGGAGAAAGUUACCAGUAUCCACCUGUGAAUUGGGGAUCAAUUCUUUCUCCUUUGAUGAGACUAAACUUUGGUAAGAUAAUCUCUUGCAUUGUUCUUAUAUGACUUGUGUACAAAAUA